GAGAAGGGGGGGGAUUGAAUGAUAGGCGGAGGAACUGGGCAGGUAGCGAACGGGGAGAAAAAGAGCAUGGUGCUGGAGGCGCGUCACAUGGUCAGUGGCGCACUCCCAGUGACUCUCCGCAGGCACUGGUGUUGGGAGGAGGAAGAGAAGGAAGGAAGGAAGGAAGGAAGGCGCAGCAGCCAAGUCAGCCAGAAGCCUCCCCGGGCACACGAGGCGCAUCGACGCACAGGGCAGGAGGCGGGCGGACCGCGGGCCCUCAGUCGUCGCCGGUCUCCUUUGCAGCUGCUGCAGCAGCGGCACUUGGGCAAAGGCAGGAGGCGGCGCGUGCGGCGACUCACGAGGAGGCAACUCCGCCGGCUUUGAAGGCUGUUCGUGGGAGGCUCGUCUCUUUCCUGCCUAGUCAUUUGCGUGUACCGCUCGCUUGGGUGAACCUGGUGCGAGGAGCGCCUCCGCGGCGAGACAAGGAUGGAGGUCAACGCAGGUGGUGUGAUUGCUUACAUCAGCUCUUCAAGUUCCGCCUCAAGCCCUGCCUCAUGCCAUAGUGAGGGCUCCGAGAGUAGUUUCCAAUCAUCCUCUUCACCAGUACCACCAUCACCAAACAGUUCGUCAUCAGAAGGCAGUUGUAAUAACAAGAAUAGAGAUUGCUUUGAUGGAACAUCCAAGAGUGAACCACCUGAUGAUCAUAUCAAAACAAGCAGAUUGGGUGUUAAUGGACUGACCAAAGGUCAUGCUGGACUUACAAAAUUUAAUGGCAUGGUCCUGCUCUGCAAAGUCUGUGGAGAUGUUGCCUCAGGAUUCCAUUAUGGGGUCCAUGCGUGUGAGGGCUGCAAGGGUUUUUUCAGACGAAGCAUUCAGCAAAAUAUCCAAUACAAGAAGUGCCUGAAGAAUAACAACUGCUCUAUCAUGAGAAUGAAUCGAAAUAGGUGCCAGCAGUGCCGAUUCAAAAAAUGUCUGUCAGUUGGGAUGUCAAGAGAUGCUGUUCGGUUUGGCCGGAUUCCCAAACGUGAAAAGCAGAGGAUGCUGAUCGAAAUGCAAAGUGCUAUGAAGACCAUGAUGAACACUCAGUUCAGUGACCACUUGCCCAGUGAAUGUGUAAAAGAUAGCCAAGAACAGUUGGUCCUUUUGGCUCAAGAAGAACUGAGUUCCAAAACACAGCAAGAACAGGAGCAAUUCAGUAGGUCUUCUCCAGUACCCCCGCCCCCUGCUCUGCCUGACAUCGCUAAGGAAGAAGUGAUCGGCAUGGUGACCAGAGCUCAUAAGGACACAUUUAUGUACAACCAGGAACAAUCAGAAAAUCUUCCCACUGUUGAGCAGUCCCAGAAUGAGGACAGAACUGUGAAAUACACUGAGCAAUAUAAUUCACGAAGCGAGCUUAAUAGUGGGUGGCCAAAUAGUGUCUGCUAUUUUGGCAGCGAGCAGCAUUUCAAUGGACGCUAUAAAGGGCAGAACACUGUGCAUUAUCUUAAUGGGCACAGCCUUUGCUUCUCCAGCAGCCACUGUACAAAUCUGACUAACGGCGUUGCCAUCAAAGGUUACCAUAGGAUGCCUGAAAAUGGCCUUCAUCCAAACGAGACACGGAAUAUUUAUACCCAUGGCACAGGAGGAAGAAUGCAUCUGGUUUGCCCAAUGAACAAGACGCCUUCAGUGGACCCAAAUAAAUCUGGUCAUGAAGUCUGGGAAGAAUUUUCCAUGAGCUUUACCCCCGCAGUGAAGGAAGUGGUAGAGUUUGCCAAGCGUGUUCCAGGCUUCCGAGACCUCUCCCAACAUGACCAAGUAAACUUGCUAAAGGCUGGAACUUUUGAGGUUUUAAUGGUACGGUUUGCAUCUUUAUUUGACGCAAAGGAACGUACUGUCACUUUUCUUAGUGGGAGGAAAUACAGUUUGGAUGAUCUGCGUUCAAUGGGAGCUGGUGAUCUGCUGAACUCCAUGUUUGAGUUCAGCGAGAAGCUAAAUUCCCUAAAUCUUAGUGAUGAAGAAAUGAGCUUGUUUACUGCAGUGGUGCUUGUGUCUGCUGAUCGCUCAGGAAUAGAAAAUGUCAAUUCUGUGGAAGCACUUCAGGAAACGCUAAUCCGUGCGCUUAGGACCUUGAUCACAAAAAACCAUCCGAACGAAGCCUCUAUUUUUACAAAACUGCUUUUGAAACUGCCUGACUUGCGUUCCUUAAAUAACAUGCAUUCUGAAGAACUUCUAGCCUUUAAAGUUCACCCAUAGGCUUUUAUCUCUUUUUUAAUUUAUGUAACGGACUUGCUUUGUGUUAAAUGUGUGCAUCUUUGUGCUGCAACUUUUGUUUGUUUAUGUAUGUACCUGUUAGUGGAAAAGAAGAAUUUGCUGACUGUGUGAUGGUUAUAUUUUCUGUUGUCGUGCAAUCAUGUUUCAAGCUCAGUUUUUUUUCCCCCAGUGACAACGUGGCCAGAGAUUUUUUCAUGGUUAUCCAAACAAGCCCCUAAAGUUGAACAGGGUAUAUAAAAUCUGAAUGGAUAUGGAGUGUUAACAAUUGUGCCUUCAUCACUCCAAAUCAUUGACUUUCUCUGCUAUAAACAAGAAUAUACAAUGGCUGGAAUAUCGAACUCUUGAUGAAUAACACAACAGUGGCAAGACUGAGAAGAGAAAGCUGGAAUUUGACUGUCUCCUAUCUAGUGGUCUGGUUUGCUUGAUGGAAAAUCUCAAACAUGUAGGAAAUUGUUUGAGCUGAUUUAGUCUAUUCCAAUUCAGUUGCUUUUGCACAAGUGCAUCUUUGCUGUGUGUCCAUAUGUAUAAUCUAGAUAUGUGUUCAUGAGUUUAUAGGAAUACAUUGUGAAUGUACAUAUUUGUGUCUGUAUAUACAGAGUUAAUGUGUCUAAUUUCUUUCCAGUAUUUUUAACUGUGGAGAAGUUAACCAUACAAAGGAAGGUGACCUGUUGCAGCCACUAACAUGCCCCAUUUAGUUUUGUAUCAUUGAACUAAAUAUCUUAAGAUUAUGUAAUUCUAGGGCCAGGUUAGAAUGGGAAAUAGUACUUCUUCACUUAAGAUGUACUAUGGCAGCAAAAGUUUAAUGCUGGCCAUUUAAUCAAACUUCUAAAAGAAGUAGUACAACAUGGGGCUGACUUUUUAAAAAUAUUGGAUUCGUUGUAAUUAAGAUUGUGUACUGUUAGGAGAGCUGCUAGUUGCACUUCAGUAAUUCUAAGAGGAAAUUCUUGGUGAUUACAAUCUAUUUAGUUUACAGUACAUUACAACAUUACAGUACAACAGGCAAUUAUAAUCUGCAAAGAAUCACGGAAAAUUGAACACAAGCUACCUUAAAAUUUUUGUGUUUUUUGGUGACAGUAGUUUUACACUACAUUUAUAUGCUGCUUGAAAUUUGGAUACGAAAAUGUGGGACACUGUAUCUUAAUUGUUCUGUUUCUUGUUUUGUUAAUAAGGGAGCUGUAAUGUAUUCUUGACUCUCCCUCUUUGGUGUAUACAGCAAAGAUAGGUUUUCUGGUAGCAGCUCUGAUUUUCCAUCGUUUUGUUGCUGCUAAUUUUCCCAAGGCCAAUGGUAAAUUCUAAAACGGCUUGCUUUGGCAGCAGCUCUCUGUAUCUUUAAAAAAGGAUAUUUUGUGGCGAUGUUUUAAGCACAAUAUCAAGAACUGAAAUAACAAAAUGAUAGUUUAAGCCAGAAUGUUUUAACUGAUCUUUAGUUGUUUCAUAGGGUGGGAGGAAAAAUAUUUUUAUCAGCUUUCUCCUUAGGGUAACUGAAGCUUAAGAUUGAAUCUGCACUUUACAAAACUGCUGUUUGUAUGUAACCUUUUCAGUUACUUAUUGCUACAAGUAAUGCUGUCCUUGACAGAUUUGCUGAAGGCUAAUUUAUGUCUAGUGUUAUGCUAACCUACUUGGUGUUUUAGCACUGGCUAGCAGAGGAGAUAUGGGUGUCCUGUUACAAGUUAAAAUGGACAAGAGGGUAGGGAUUUCACAAGCAGAUUUUUUAAAAGUAAAUUUUAGGCAAAGUUGUUCAGCCCAUGGCAGUAACUUAACUUCAAAACUCACAACAAAAAUCUGUGACUGCCAUUUUGUCUGGUUUGAUCCUUAGAUUGCCAUCGUGAAAUAAAAUAUAAAAUGCUCCAACAAGCGGAAGGGUUACAGCCUUCUGUCUUCUGCUGACAAAGGAAUGACCACUGUCUUCACCCUUUGACUUUUGAGUAUCAUUCGCUUAAUCCUCCAACAAAUUAAAUUUUCAGACAUAAAUUUUUCCAGCUGCUGAUAUACCUGUACUUUUUUAAAAAAAUCCAGAGCGAGGCUUUUAGCCCAACAAGCCAUUUUAAAUUCUCUUCAAAAUGGGGAAAGUUGCCAGGCGUAUGGCCUUCUUAUAGAAGCCUCCCUGCAGUGCAUACAGUGGUUUAUUAUUAUUAUUUUAAGCUUUUAAGAAUGUGUAACUGGUACUAUGUAAAGUAUUGCUUAUUUUUCUAAAAAUUGGAUUCUAUGUAUAUGCAUAUAUGUAGAAAAUAUUCUGAAAAAAUAUAGUCAUGCAAUUCUAUUAUAAAUAAAACAUUCCUGUACAUAGCAGGGGAAUUUUAUUUCCUUAAAGAUUUUGUUUUAUUCUUAAAUCCUGAGUUGACUUCAGAAUUAGAAUAUGACCUCUGUUCACUCUAAGGCCAGAACAUAUAUUCAUUUGGCAGCUUGAUUGCUGCUCUUGUGCCUCUGCUGCUGAGUGAACGGGAGGAGCCCGUGGUUUGACUCUUGCAUUCCUUAGUCACCUGCCUCACAAAACUCUUUGAACAUUGGCACGGGGAAGAGCUGCUGUGUGGACUCCUUUCUGUAUCUGCCCAAAUUUGCAAUGUUUGCCGGUGGCGUGAGGAGGAGCAGCACUGCACUCUUUACACUGCUAGUACUAUGUGAGUAUGUUUGCAGCUUUACUGAACUUUUCCAAAAUAAGCCAUUUACUGUGAGCUCAUUGCUGUAUUUGUGUCACUGUUUAUAUAAACCUGUUCAAUAAUGAGAAAUAUUUCAUGCCAGACUUCUAAGUACUGUAGGUGGGUCAUUACUGAGCGAUCACAAAUUACACUGUAUGGACUAAAUAAAAAGUUUAACCUCUGAUUUUACAUGUUUCAAAAGAUUAAAAAUGGGCAUUAUGUUGGCAAAA